UUGGACGAGACUGCAGCAUUAUUUGACGGUAUGGCCGUGGCUCAUCCAUGCCACCAAAAGGAGUGGAAUGAAUGGAAGAGAAAGAUGGAGAACAGGAGGAGGAGACAGUGGAGGGAGAGGGUGAGGCACUGGGCUGAUGCCGUGGAGGACCAUGAAGAAAAGGAAGACGAGGAGGGGAAAGAAGGUGAGGAUAGUGACAGCAGUGAAGAGGAUGAGUGUGAGAAAGGGAAGAGAACCAAAGAAAUAGAAAAAGAGGAUAGUGAUGAAGAGGGGCAAGGAGGUUAUUGUGAGGAAAGACUUGAGGGGAAGCUAAAGGCAGAACAAGACAGGGACACGAUUGAUGAGGAUGAUGGAUUGGAGAUGCAAAAACCAGAGGAAGAUGAGGGGCAGGAAGAUGUUGAAAGAGAAAUGGUGGAAGAGGAAGACGGCGAGGUGUGUGAGGCACAAAAGAUCGAGACAUACGACGAUGGUCUGAACAGCAGGGCAGACAGUGAGCUGGAUGAGGAGGAACAGAUUGAUUUGGAAGGAGAAAAUGACAGCAUGAGAGAGACUGAGGAGAAUGAGGACAGUCAGGUGGAUAUGAGGCAGAUAGGUGCAGAAAAGCACUCUCAGGAUGAUGAUAGUGAGGGGGAGCAGCAGAUGGAGCAGAGCAGAUGCCAUUUCCAGAGAGAACUCCAAGAUCACACAAGUAGAGAAUAUUUGGCUGAGAAUAUUCAAAAUCACAGCACUCAGGAAGAUGCAAAAUGCAAAGAAGACGACUUUUCAGAUUCAGGGCAAUCGGUUAACAGCGAAGAUUCUGAGACAGAGUCCAAGAAUGAAGAAGAAAAACAGCAUAAUGAGACCCAGGACAAUGAUUCAGAGGAGCUAGAAGGCAAUGACAAUAAGAACCUGAAAAGCUAUAGUGUUCUCUUUGAGGCUUGGACUAUGCAGGACAGGAAUGAAAAGGAUGGGGGUGAAAAGGUGACCGAUAAUGACGAGACAGUCAAAAACUCCUGGGUAACCCAAAAGGAGUUCCAAGAUGAUUGUGAGAAUUUUCUGGAAGGAUUUUCAGAGGCUGAAUGCUCCACCGAUGAAGAAGAAGAAAAAGAAAACGAUGAGGAGGAUGAUAUAAAGAUUUACUGCAAAGAUGAUUACCCCACUAAGAUAUUCCAAACCUUGAAUGAGUUCAAAGACUCUGCCAUUCUCACCGACCUUACUUUGAACGCAGACGAUGGGAAGAGUUUUUGUGUGCACUCCCCAGUCUUGGCUGCCGUCAGCUCCCUCAUUUGCAAAAAUCUCUGUAGAAGCAAAAUGGAAAACAAUCAAAGGGUUCGACAGUGGUCAUUGUCUUUUGGUCCUGAUUUGCAACAGGUUGGUUUGGGGGCCAUUGUGGAGUUUGCCUACACCGGAUUCAUAUCAUGUUUGAACAAAGAUAACAUGGAGCAGAUAAAAGCUGCUGGUCAAAUAUUGGGUGCGCCCCGGGUUCUGGAACUUUGCGUCUGGGAAGAAGAGCAGCUAAUGAAAGCUGCCAGAUCCAAGAGAGAAGAAAUGAUGUCUGCCCAGCAACAACUCACGAUUAGUCUCCAGUUCAUCAAACAUCUGUGGAUGGACAAAGUUGGCUGCGAUGUGAUUCUGGAAGCAGCUGGUGGCUGGCUUCAUGUUCACAGAGUUGUACUGGCUGCCAGUAGCGACUACUUCCGUGGAAUGUUCACCUUGGGCAUGAAGGAGUCCCAUCAGCUUUGCGUGAGCCUUCCAUUACUGCUGGCUUCAGAACUGGAGGUUUUAAUCUGUAGUUCCUACAGCGGCACUCUCCCCAUCAACUGGACAAACGUCUUUGAGAUCACCACCACUGCUCUGCAACUCCAGUACCAACCUGCCCUCUCCCUGUGCUUUAACUUCCUUCUGAGAGAAAUCAAUCCCAAAACCUGCUUGGAUGUGAUAUCUUUCGCCCAGGCCUAUGAAAUAAGACAUCUUCUUGAGUUUGCUGAUGAUUUUGUCCUGCGCCAAUUCCAAAAGGUGGCGUGUACUUCAAAGUUCAAGGACCUGCCAGCUAAACAGCUCCUUAAAUACCUAAGCAGUCACUCGCUCUGUGUUCCCUCCGAGCUUGUUGUAUUCAGUGCGGUGGUUGCAUGGAUUCAAGCAAAGCCCAGAACACGUCUUGGACUGGCAAAAGACCUCAUGAAAAAAGUUUACUUUCCACUGAUGACUUUUAAGGAAUUCCAAGAGGUCCGGUCCCAUGAUAUUUGGUCUGAUAACAGCUUGACAGAACUUUAUGAAGCAGUCUUUGAAAACUUCUGCUCCAGCGACACUGCUCAGCACAGCCGGAUCUAUCUGCCAAAGGAGAGUUUGGUCCUGACUGGAGGCGAUCAUAUCUCUGAGGACCUGAGCAACCGUAGUAUCAGCCGCGAGGUGUGGUUUGGAAACUCCUUGAGAAACCACGAAGGGAUAAAAAAGGCAAUGGAGUGGAGAAGGUUGGGAGAGAUGCCAGAGGCAGCUAGGUUUACCCAUGAGGUGGCUGUGCUCCAUGGACAACUAUACGUUUUUGGAGGCAAGAAGUAUUACGGUACUUAUGACACCUUGAACUCUGUUCACAGGUAUGACCCCCAUCGAAACAACUGGGAGGCCUUGAGUGAAAUGCAGGAGAAGAGAUGCUCCUUCUCAGUGGCCAUAUUGGAUGGAAAAAUAUAUGCUAUUGGUGGACUCUGUGAGCCAGAUCAUAUAGAGAGUGUGGAAUCAUAUUGUCCCAAUACAAACACUUGGAGUUUCACCUGGCCCUUGGAUUUACCUCUGAGCGGGCAUGUAGCCAAAGUUGCGCAAGAGCAAAUCUUCAUCUCAGGAGGGCGAAAUGGCGACUACCUGUGUCUUUCAUCCAUGUUUCGGUACCAGCCGGACAUGGGAAGCACCUACAUGGCAAACAUGAGCAACCCACGAGCUCUUCACUGCAUGGAGAGUCUGGGUGACUGCCUUUACGUAGCCGGUGGAAUCACCACCCACGAUAACAUGAUCGUCAUUGACCAGCUCACUUGUGAGAUGUACAACCCGACUCAGGAUUCUUGGACUUGCUUGGCGCCUCUGCCGUUACCACACGUUGGAGCGGGAAGCGCGAUCCUGGAGGGAAAGUUUUAUGUGCUGGGUGGAUACAGCCAGGAGAACUACAGUGACACAAAACUGGUCCAUAGGUAUGAUGCCACCACAAACAAAUGGGAGAACAUGGGGAAAAUGCCCGGGCCAAACAACGACUUACGAGCAUGUGUGCUGUGUUUGCCUCAGCAUGUCCGACUGUAA